AUGACGGACAUCAAACUUACCCGCCAAGCCAUAUAUGCAGCCACUGAAGCACAGAUCCCAGACCUGUCCUUCACAACGGACGGUGCAGCAUUCCAGCACCCAGAUAUCUUCGAUAAUUCCAAGCCCGUGUUCAUCAAUGCUCGCAAGCUGUCCAGUGUAGUAUACAAGAAAAUUAUUGCGAAGUGGGAAGAGAAUCCAAAUGGACCAAAGUCACGCGAAUCCCUAGAGUUGACGGCCGCCGAGACCGCUGAAGAGAUUGGAGAAGACAUGGACCGGUAUUUACUUGUGGGCUGGGUUCCCCAGACACAGCAGCAACCAGGGAAAAUCGUCAGGAAAUACGGCCGUCCUGUGGGCAUCGAUCGACCAGACAAGGCCAAGAUCAUUACAUUCGACAAGGACGAAGAUGACCUCCCGCUGAUGGUUGUGGUGAAAUCUUCGGAUGAAGAAGUCGAGCUCACUUCUGUCCAUAAGUUUGUCCUGCUAGAGCAAGCCGACGGUUUAUGCAUUCCCUACAAUGUCCAUUCAAAGGAAGUGUAUCACCUCAGUCUCUAUAGGGACAUGACGACGAGCAACUGCAAAAGGCUUGCUGCAUGGAACCAGGUAGCAUGUCAAUAUGCAUACCAAGGACGAAAGAGACCAGAGACUGGGACGACCAAGAGAUUGCAAGGUGCUCGGGAUAUGAAGAAGGCCGUACUUCCACCAAACAAGCAUUCCGACAAUGACGUUGAUGAGACCUCCACUGAGGACAUGUCAGAGGACAACGCCUCAUCUCUGCAAGAGAUGACAGAUGUCAGUGACAUCGACAAAGGCCUCACCUUCAACCCACUCAAGCACAAGGAGUUGCAGGCAUUCGCAGAUGCUGGCAACGAAGAAAACGAACCGUUUACGCAAGCACAAGCAGACGCCAUGGUCAAGGAAGCCCAAGUAGCAUGGUCUAAUGUCCAGCACCUCAACAGCUACCAUGUUUACCUGCUAGCUCAGGGAAUGCGCGAAGCCGGACUCACCCCAGCAUAUGCUCACCUCAAAGCGUUCGUGCUGGAAGGAUGCUACCUCAUCGCCGAGGCCCCUGACGGCGAAGACUGGAACGCCGAGGAGCUGGGUGUGAUUGCAGUGCAUGCUGAAGAGACCGUGCAGCGCGUGCUGAGCUACAUCGAAUGA